GCUGGCAGCGCGGCGGGCAGUGGUGGCCGUCCAGGGCGCUCCGGGUUACGGGCAGGUCGGCGCGGGGUCCGGGGCCACACACGCGUCUCCAUCGCCAUCCCCAGCCGGGCCAGGCGCGCAAGCAGGAGAGCGGAUCGGGGCGGCCGGAGAGCACCAGCAGACGCCAUGUGGAUCCAGGUUCGCACCAUGGACGGCAAGGUGGCCCACACUGUGGACUCGCUGUCCAGGCUGACCAAGGUGGAGGAGCUGAGGAGGAAGAUCCAGGGGCUGUUCCACGUGGAGCCAGGCCUGCAGAGGCUUUUCUACAGGGGCAAGCAGAUGGAGGACGGCCACACUCUCUUCGACUAUGACGUCCGCCUGAACGACACCAUCCAGCUCCUGGUCCGCCAAAGCCUGGUGCUCCCCCCCAGCAGCAGCAAGGAGAAGGACUCUGAACUGUCAGAUACCGAUUCUGGCUGCUGCCUGGGCCAGAGCGAGUCGGACAAGUCCUCCAAUAGCGGCGAGGCGGCCUCGGAGGCGGAUGGGAAGGCGGGCUUAGCGGAUGAAGACGCCUGGGACGAGACAGAGCUGGGUCUGUACAAGGUCAACGAGUAUGUGGAUGCUCGGGACACGAACAUGGGGGCGUGGUUCGAGGCGCAGGUUGUCAGGGUGACCAGGAAGGCACCUUCCCAAGACGAGCCCUGCAGCUCUACCUCCAGCGUGACGCCCGAAGACGACAUCAUUUACCACGUCAAAUAUGACGACUACCCGGAGAAUGGAGUGGUCCAGAUGAGUCCCCGCGACGUGCGGGCCCGUGCCCGAACCAUUCUGCAGUGGCAGGAGAUAGAGGUCGGCCAGGUGGUCAUGCUCAACUAUAACCCCGACAACCCCAAGGAGCGUGGCUUCUGGUACGAUGCGGAAAUCCUGCGCAAGCGUGAGACGCGGACGGCACGGGAGCUGUAUGCCAACGUCAGGCUCGGGGACGAUUCUCUCAAUGACUGUCGCAUCAUCUUCGUGGACGAGGUGUUCAAGAUCGAGCGCCCGGGCGAGGGGAGCCCCGUGGUGGAAAACCCGAUGAGAAGGAAGAGCGGGCCCUCCUGCAGGCACUGCAGAGACGACGAGAACAAGGCCUGCCGCGUGUGCGCCUGCCACCUGUGCGGGGGCAAGCAGGACCCGGACAAGCAGCUCAUGUGCGACGAGUGCGACAUGGCCUUCCACACCUACUGCCUGCGCCCGCCCCUCAGCAGCAUCCCCAAGGAGGACGAGUGGUAUUGCCCCGAGUGUCGGAACGACGCCAGCGAGGUGGUGCUGGCCGGGGAGAAGCUGAAAGAGAGCAAGAAGAAGGCCAAGAUGGCAUCGGCCACGUCCUCCUCCCAGCGGGACUGGGGCAAGGGCAUGGCGUGCGUGGGCCGUACCAAGGAGUGCACCAUCGUCCCGUCCAACCACUACGGACCCAUCCCGGGGAUCCCCGUGGGCACCAUGUGGAGGUUCAGAGUCCAGGUCAGCGAGUCGGGGGUCCAUCGACCUCACGUGGCGGGCAUCCACGGCCGGAGCAACGACGGGGCUUACUCCCUGGUCCUGGCCGGCGGAUACGAGGACGACGUGGACCACGGGAACUCUUUCACGUACACGGGCAGCGGUGGUCGAGAUCUUUCUGGCAACAAGCGGACCGCGGAGCAGUCUUGUGAUCAGAAGCUCACCAACACCAACAGGGCGCUGGCCCUGAACUGCAGCGCCCCCAUCAACGACCGCAAAGGGGCCGAGGCCAAGGACUGGCGGUCGGGGAAGCCGGUGCGGGUCGUGCGGAACGUCAAGGGCCGGAAGCACAGCAAGUACGCCCCCGCCGAGGGCAACCGGUACGACGGCAUCUACAAGGUCGUGAGGUACUGGCCGGAGAAGGGCAAGUCCGGCUUCCUGGUGUGGCGCUACCUGCUCCGGCGGGACGACGCAGAACCCGGUCCCUGGACGAAGGAGGGGAAGGACCGGAUCAAGAAGCUGGGGCUGACCAUGCAGUACCCGGAAGGCUACCUGGAGGCCCGGGCCAGAAGGGAGAAGGAGAAGGAGAACAGCAAGAGGGAGGCCAAGGAGGAGGACGAGGACGAGGACGAGGACGAGGAGGGGGGCUUCACCUCCCCCAAGAAGGGCAAGGGCAAGCGGAAGUGCAAGUCCGGAGGGGGCAAGACCAGUGCUGGGUCCCCGCGAGGGACACCUAAGAAAAGCAAGGUGGAGCCCUAUAGCCUCACGGCCCAGCAGAGCAGCCUCAUCAAGGAGGACGAGAACAACACUAAGCUGUGGAGCGAGAUCCUGAAGUCGCUCAAAGACGGGCCGUUCCAGAAGUUCCUGAGUAAAGUGGAGGAGACGUUCCAGUGCAUUUGCUGCCAAGAGCUGGUGUUUCGCCCCAUCACAACCGUGUGCCAGCACAACGUGUGCAAGGAUUGCCUGGACAGAUCCUUCCGGGCGCAGGUGUUCAGCUGCCCGGCCUGCCGCUACGACCUGGGCCGGAGCUAUGCCAUGCAGGUGAACCAGCCGCUACAGGCCGUCCUCAACCAGCUCUUCCCCGGCUACGGCAGCGGGCGGUGAUCCUCAAACGCUUCUCGCCGGUAGUGUUUUUUUUUGGAAAAAAAAAAAAAAAAAAACAACAAAAAAAAAAACGUGUCACAGGGGUCUUGGCCCCCUCUUUUGUUUUUAGUGGGCUUAACUUAAACAGGUAGCUUUUCCUCCACUCCCAAAAAAGCCUCGUCUUCCUGGUUUUGUUUUGUUUUGUUUUGUUUUGUUUUGUUUUGUUUUGUUUUGUUUUAACCUACACAUUUCCCGGAGUUUGUAUUACGGCUUGAAGAAAGAAGGAAAGAAAGUUGGACUUCUCAGUGUUGUGUUUUGGUUUUAGAAAAAUACAAAGCCUGCAGUUUAUCAGCAGAACAACAAACACAAACAAUUUUUUCCGAAGAUGGAAUUCAAAACGCCUUGGCGCGAAGGCUGCUCGUGUUCCCGGCGCCAAGUUCCAGAAGUUCCCGCCGCCGCCGAGCCAGAAGGCGCCCGGCCGCCCAGAACAAUCUUUUUCAAGGUGCGUGGCUUCGGCCUCCGAAGUUGAAAGCGAGCGCAUCUCCCUGACCGCGCGUCCUGCCGCCUAGAAGCCAGCAAGGCAGCGCCUGCUGGCGGCCCGGGGGUGGCCGGCCCCGCCGUCACCCACGGGGAGGGUGACAAGAAGCGAGGAGCCCCCUCCGGCCCCGAAGCCAUCCCCCAAGUUUGCUUUCACGUGGCAGCUGCCCCACGCGGAGCCCUCCUCCCCCGGGGUGAGCGGACAGGAGUCGCCCCGAAGCCGCCGCCCCCGGACCUCCGCGCGGGGCUGGGCGGGCGGCCGAGUGCCCGCUGUCUCGUCUGCCGCGCCACGGAAGCGGACGUUCGAAGCCAUGUUCAAGUGCCUUUGGGUCUUUUCUUCUGUUGGAAACUUGGGGCUCUCUUUUUAGCACUGAAUUGUCGAAAAUGCCAACCAGAUCCUAAAACUGUGGUUAACCUGUUCUUCCCGAUAGCGGGUGAGUGUUUGGGGGAGAUUUCUUUUUUGUCCAUCCUUUCCACUGAAUUUUCAACUCCCCGAUCGAGAAUUCUAAGAGGGAAUUUUUUUUAAGUACUUUUUUUCUGAAUGAAAUUUUUUUGUAGUUAUUGUAUAUGUACCAAGAAAACUAUAACUUAGGGUUUGGUUGUGUUUCUGGUUUUGUUUUGUUUUCUUUUUUGGUUUUGUAUUUUUUUGGAAUGAUUUGUUAAUUUUUCUAACUUUACCAAAGUUUGCAGCUUUUACCUCAAUAGAACAGGAAUAUUUUAAAUCCCAUAACUGCAGACAAACUGGAGUGGUAUCGUUUUAAAAAGUCUUUCUUUUUUCCUUAUUAUUAGGUUGUUAAUGUAUUAGGAAGAAGCAGCGAAAUCCUGUGUAGGCUUUUUCUAAACAGUUCAAUAUUCUUUGUCCAAAUUUUAGAUUCUUGGAAUAAAUGCCUUUUACAGAUGC